AUGAGAACAGAAGUUACAGAUACCAGGAGGGAAAGAUGUUUGGCUUUAACGCAGAAGGGGUUACAAUGCAAACUUUUAUCACUUGAGGGAGACAAAUAUUGCCAUAUUCAUAUCAAGACUAAAGGUAAAGGAAGAGAUGAUCCAAAGAGAAAAGGACUUACUGGUAGUUCAAACCAGAAAUCUCGUAACAGCAGUCCAGAAAAAAGGGGGUUCUUUUCUAAAAUGAUACAUCAUGAUGAAGAUUGUGAUAAACCUGGAUUCAUAUAUGUAUUUACUUAUGCCCACAUGAUGAAUCCAAAAGCCGUCAGGACGAAUAAUUUACAUUUGGCUGCACCAACAACUACCAAUUGGAUAGAUUAUAACCAAACGCUUCCAUUUGAUACGUUUGACCGAAUACUGCUGAAGGUUGGAUACACUCGAAAGGCACCAGAAGUACGAAUAAAUGAGUGGAGGAAGCAGUGUGGACGAUCUAAUUUCAUACUGCUGUAUCCAGGAUGUUUGGUUCCCAUUUACAACAAAAAAACGGUUGCCGAAACGAAGACUCUUGUCAAGAUGUUCAAACGUCUCAGUUUGUCUUCCGAAUCAAAGGGAGCAAAGGGCCACACGGGAAAAAAAUACAAAAACCUGAACAAGGAACGAACCUGUUUUGUAGCCCCACAUCCUCAUGAUACAGAACAGAGGAUCCAUAGGAGGCUGAAGCAAGAUUAUGGUGCGGGUAAAAUGUAUUGUGAAGCCUGUUCAAAGGAAGCCUUAGAUUAUAGGUAUCCAACAAAAAAAAUUGCCGGAGUGCAUACUGAAUGGUUUAGCAUUCCUAGAGACCAAAUGGAACGGGUUUGGGAUAUCAUUGAGUAUGAAUGCACUAUGUGA